UCGAAGAAAAACAAGAAGAUGGCUAUGGCAGGGUUGUACCGACGAGUACUCCCUUCUCCUCCAGCAUUCGAUUUCGCUUCCCAUGAAGGCAAGAAACUUUUCGUUGAGGCCAUCCAGAGUGGGACAAUGGAAGGUUUUUAUAGGUUGAUUUCUUAUUUUCAGACCCAAUCAGAGCCUGCAUAUUGUGGAUUGGCCAGCCUGUCCAUGGUCUUGAAUGCCCUUGCUAUUGAUCCUGGAAGAAAGUGGAAGGGGCCUUGGAGGUGGUUUGAUGAAUCUAUGCUAGACUGCUGUGAACCUUUAGAAAAGGUCAAAGCUACAGGCAUCUCAUUUGGGAAGCUCGUUUGUUUGGCUCACUGUGCUGGAGCAAAAGUUGAAGCCUUUCGUGCAAAUCAAAGCACCAUUGAUGAAUUCCGUAAACAUGUCAUGAAAUGUUCUAUUUCUGAUGAUUGUCAUGUGAUCUCAUCAUAUGAUAGAUCAGCUCUCAAGCAGACAGGAAUUGGUCAUUUUUCACCUAUUGGUGGUUAUCAUGCUGGAAGGGACAUGGCACUUAUGUUGGAUGUUGCACGAUUUAAAUAUCCUCCUCAUUGGGUUCCUCUCACACUUCUUUGGGAAGCGAUGGGUUAUAUUGAUGAAACAACCGGACAACAAAGAGGGUUCAUGCUGAUAUCCAGGCCUCACAGGGAGCCAGGACUGCUUUAUACCCUGAGCUGUAAAAAUGAGAGUUGGGUCGGUAUUGCAAAAUACCUCAUGCAUGAUGUUUCUCUUCUCUUAAAGUUGGUGGACGCGACAGAUAUUCAAAAAGUUCUCUCUAUUAUUUUCACAUCACUCCCAUCAAAUUUUGGGGAGUUCAUCAAGUGGGUUGCAGAGGUUCGGAGACGAGAGGAUGGUGAUGAAAGUAUAAGCCCAGAGGAGAAAGCUAGGGUUGCUGUCAAGGAAGAGGUAUUAAAACAGGUGCAGGAGACUGGCCUCUUUAAACAUGUAGCUGCAUUUUUAUCUUCAGCAAAUUCAUGCUGCCAGAACUUGGCACCUUUAAGUCAUCAGGAUGAUUUUCCUGACAUAGCUGCAAGAGUUUGUUGCCAAGGGGCAAAAAUGUUGGCUGGGAGAUCUGGCUCCUCAGACGAGUAUUGCUGUCAGGAAACAUGCAUAAAAUGCUUGAAAGCUAAUGGUGACAAGCCUGUUACAGUAUUUUCUGGGACAGUAAUAAAUGGAAAGAGUGAGCAAGGGGUUGAUGUGCUGGUUCCUUCAUCCCGUACGAAACCAGGUUGCUGCUGCUCUGUCUCAAGCAAUUACAGUGGGAUACAUCCAGCUAGUAAUGAUGUUUUGACGGCACUUUUACUGGCAUUACCUCCAGAAACAUGGUCUGGUAUAAAGAAUGAGAAGCUUUUGCAGGAAAUAUCCAGCCUCGUUUUGACUGAAAAUCUUCCCACCUUGCUUCAAGAAGAGGUUUUGCACUUAAGACGCCAGCUCUACCUUCUCAAGAGAUGCCAAGAGAACAAGGUUGAUGUGGAUCUUGGUGCACCCGUCUCUUAGCAUCCGGUUUUUCUCAUUUUUUUUUUUUUUUGUACUUAUAGGUCUAACCAAGAGUGUAGUGUUAGAUAUGCCUAGCAGAAUGUUAUUUACAACCAUUUCUAGGAUAUUUGUUGAGAAGCAACAGACAUCUCCCGGCAUUGAAAUGUGGUGGUGAAGAGGCAAGAGUUCUUCAUACUAACUGAAUCGAUAGGAAAUUGUAUUUGAUUUAAGGAAUAAUGUUAUAUGCAGAAUUCGGAUAAAGCUUCUUAGAUCAUAUGGGGUUUUUGAUCAGUUGGCUUUUA